AUGCCUAGGUUCUUCACAAAGCUGAGAGAAGUAAUUGGGGACAUUGAGAACCUUGCAUUUGUGACUGAUCGGGGGCAGUCAAUAAUAAAUGGUAUAGCCGAAGUUUUUCCAGAAGCACAUCAUGGUUAUUGCAUGUACCACAUUCAGGGCAAUCUGAAGACUAGGUACCGGGGCAGUGGCAUCGUUGCAUUGUUUAGAAGAGCUGCAGAAGCUUACAGCUUUGAAGAGUUUACAAAGUUCAUGGGCGAAAUAGAACAUAAAUCAGAAAGUGCAUGGGAAUAUCUAUCAGAAAUGGGGGUCGAACAUUGGGCACGGUCACAUUUUUCAGGACGUCGAUACAACAUGAUGAUGUCGAAUAAUGCAGAGUCGCUCAAUGCAUUGUUUAAGAAGGAUCGAGAGUUACCAAUUCUCGUAAUGAUUGAGAAUAUUUGUAACAAGCUGCAACAGUGGUUUCAUAACCGACGUGCGGCAUCACAGAAUUGCACCAGUGUGCUAACCCCAGCUCAAGAGAAUAAAUGCUUCAAGGCUGCGGAUGUUGCGAGAAAGUUGAAUGUGGAAGCAUUUGAUGAGUUUCGCUUCUCCGUGCAAUGUGCACUUGGAGAGUUUUUCAUGUUAGCAUGCAGUCGCAGUGGCCAUGUAUCGAGACUUUGCAGCGAGAACAUUAGUUAUUUGUACUACACGGCUAAGUCGUGGAGAGCAGCAUAUGCUGAGACUAUAUUUCCACUGCCGAAUGAAUCUGAGUGGGAAGUCCUGACCAUACUCUCCUGUUCAAUAGUUUGUUGCCACCAGCAGUUGAACUGCGUGGUCCUAGACGUUAAGUACAUCUAG